CUUGUGUUGUGGUCGUCAGCCAGGAAGCUAACAGUUAGCCGCGGAAGCUAACUCUUCUGUAGCUGGACCACAGACCGCUGCUCAGUGUCCCAGCGGGUACACCUUCUCCAUGGGAAUCGAACUCACGGAGCCGGAGGUGCCGGACGAUGCGGUGGGCAGGCGGGUGUUCUGCGGCACGGAGCGGGCCACGGUCCGGUACGUGGGUCCGGUCCCACCGACAGAAGGGCUGUGGCUGGGUGUGGAGUGGGAGGAGCCCAGCAGAGGGAAGCACGACGGCAGCCAUGACGGAGUCCACUACUUCACCUGCAGACACGCCACAGGCGGCUCCUUCCUGCGUCCAGCCAAGGUGAGCUUCGGCGUGGACUACCUCACCGCCGUGCGGCUGGCAUACGACCACGACACGCACGAACUGCUGAGUGACACGGUGUCCGCCAUGUUCAAGGAGAAGCCCAUCCAGGAGCGCAGUUUUCAGAGUCUGACGUCAGCGUUGCUUGGAGACCGGCAGGUGAACGGCCCCGGAAGGGGCGGAGACAUCAGGAAGACCACGCCCAACAUCACGUGGUUGGACAUGUCCCGCAGCCUGGUGUCCACCUGGGAGGACGUGUCCUCCAUCACUGAGCAGCUGGAGGCACUCGAGGUUCUGCAGCUCAGCUACAACACUCUGCGUUUGACCUCCGACCCCUCGUCCCUGUGUCGCUCGUUCUUCAGCCUCAAGGUUCUCAGUCUGAUCAGAUGUGAGCUCACCUGGCCGCAGAUCCUGGAGUGCGCCCCCAUGUGGCCACAGCUGGAGGAUCUCUGUGUGGAAGACAACAACAUCACAGAGCUGCUGAGGCCGGACGGCGUCCUGCAGAACGUGUCCAGCCUCAGUCUGUCCCGGAACCCCUUAGUGCAGGAGACGCUGGUGAACCUCUCUGCUCUGCCCAGACUGAAGCAGCUGAGCUUGUGUCAGUGCGGCGUCUCGGUCAUCAGCUUCCACGACGCGGCUCCUGGUUCACAAACCGACAAGUUUCCAGAACUGAGGGAAGUGAAUCUGAGUGACAACAACAUCACGGAGUGGUGUGUGGUGGACGAGCUGGGGAAACUUGCUAGCUUGAUGAAGUUGUCGUGUCGUGGAAACCGACUAACGAGCAGCGAUGGAAACCGAAAAACAGCUGAUCAGAUUCUGAUCGCCAAACUGGGACAACUGGUCACGCUCAACAACUGCCAAAUACACCCUGAGGAGAGGAGGGGGGCGGAGCUGGACUACAUCAAGAUGUUCGGAGGGGAGUGGCUGAAGACAGGGGGGCGGAGUCAGACCAGCGACCAGUUCACGCUUCAACAUCCGAGAUACCAGAGCCUGGUUGACAAGUACGGCGCUCCGGACGAAGGAGAACUGACGAAGCCGAAGUCGUUUGCUCUGAAGAAUCAGCUGUUGAAGAUCACCUUCCUGUUUCCUGAUGACGCCGAGCGGGCGCCCAUCCACAAGACUGUCCCAGCCUCCAUGCUGGUUCAGAAGGUGAAGGGUCUCCUGCAGAGACUGUUGAAGGUUCCUGUUGCAGAUCUGAAGCUCACUUACUGCACUCCCAAGAAGCUCGGGACGGAGUUUGAGCUCGACAGCGACACAAAGACUCUACAGUUCUACACUAUAGAGGAGGGAGACCAGGUCCUGGUCCGCUGGUCCUGAUCAGGACCAGGACCAGGACCAGGACCAGGACCUGGACCAGGACCUGGACCAGGACCAGGACCAGGACCAGGACCAGGACCAGGACCAGGACCAGGACCUGGACCUGGACCAGGAUCAGGACCUGGACCAUACCUGGAUCAGGACCUGGACCAUACCUGGAUCAGGACCAGGACCUGGACCUGGACCUGGAGAAGUGAUCCACAGCAAAGCAGAAGCUUCCAGGACUGAACCUGAUCCACGUGUGAGACUCAGCAGCAGAAUCCUCACCCUCACAGUCCCUGAGUGAAACUCACAUGAACAAGGACGGAUUUCCUGAAGACAGAAUCGUCUCCGUCCCUUCAUCGCUUAGAGACGCUGGAUUCAGGUUCACACGUUAAACCCACAGAGACACGUUAGCACCAGUGGAAUAAAGUGUUUCAAAAAGUCAUAA